AUGGAGAACGUCCACAUCCCCCUCGAGGCCAUCACCGACGAGCUGCGCCUGCCGUGCGAGCAAACGCUGCGGCGUGCCAACGAGCUCAAGAAGGUUGAGCCUGUCGUCGCGUACUGGUGCUCCUUCGCGGCGGCGCAGAAGGCGCUCAGCACCCCGAACCGCUCGGCAGACGGCACCAAGUUCCUCAUGCUACUCCUCGACUCGCUGGAGGAGAUGAAGGCCCUCCUGGCCACCAACGAGGCAGUCACCAACGAGGCCGUCGGCAGCGCGUACAUGGAGAACUUUGCGCUCAAGGUCUUCCUUUCCGCUGACCAGGAGGACCGUGCCGGCAUCACGGGCAAGGGCACUAUCCGCAAGUUUGUCGUCGCGGGCCAGUUCAUCGAGGUCCUCCGCUGCUUUGAGGGUGGCCUGACCGAGGAGAUGGAGCAGAAGCUCCAGUAUGCGCGGUGGAAGGCGAGCGACCAUGCCAAGGCGCUUCGCGAGGGACGCAAACCGGUCCCCGGGCCGCCGAUCCCCGAGACGGAGGAGGACGAGCUCGCGGCCCUCGACCUCCCCUCGGUGCCCGGAGGCUCGCGCGAAGGCUCCUUCUCGAGCCAACAGCGUCCUGCUCUGUCGCCUGGUGCGCUCUCGCCACCUGCGAACGCACCUGGAUCUCUCUCGCCGGUGGGGAACACGUCGCGCCAAGGCUCGUUCUCAAGCCAACAGCGCCCGACGCCUCCAGCCAUCCCGUCGCCCCAGCGGCCCACCCCGCCAAUGGUGCCGUCGCCGCACCGCUCGCCGCCGCCUGCCCUCCCGCCGCUGGGCAGGAACCUCUCCGACUCGGCCUCGUGGUCGACGCAGGCGACUCCCGGCGUGCUGGACGACGAGGACGCCAAGCAGCUCGGCUCGCCGGCCAAGAGCCCCCCGGCGGCCACAUCGCCACCGCUUGCCCGCUCACCCCCAUCCCAGUCCCGCUCGCCAGAACCAAAGAGCGUGCGCUUCAUGGGUCCUGAUGGCGCUCCGCUUUCGCCGGCUGAGACCUUCGCCACCCCCGACAUAUUCCCCGAAGCCCCACCCCCUCCACCAUCUGUCGCGUCAAUCCGAUCCCCUCCCAAGGCUUCCGUCCCUCCACCAUCGCUACCUCGCGCCGCGGCUCCAGCUCCGGCUACCCGCAGCCAAGGCCUCGGGCUGUCGACAGCACCUCCGGCUCCACAGGUGCCCGUGCAGGUGCCUCAGCCGACUGGCCCAGCCCGCACCCUCACCCGCAAGGAGACUGAGACUGUGCAGAAGCAUGCCAAGUGGGCAAUCUCGGCUCUCGAGUUUGACGACGUGGAGACGGCCCGCAACGAGCUGCUCAAGGCCCUUGCCCUCCUGAGCUGA